AUGCAGAAGACUCACUGUAACUGUUACAAUCAGCUUCAAUGUGACGUGCAGAAGACUCACUGUAACUGUUACAAUCGGCUUCAAUGUGACAUGCAGAAGACUCACUGUAACUGUUACAAUCAGCUUCACUGUGACGUGCAGAAGACUUACUGUAACUGUUACAAUCGGCUUCAAUGUGACGUGCAGAAGACUCACUGUAACUGUUACAAUCGGCUUCAAUGUGACGUGCAGAAGACUCACUGUAACUGUUACAAUCGGCUUCAAUGUGACGUGCAGAAGACUCACUGUAACUGUUACAAUCGGCUUCAAUGUGACGUGCAGAAGACUCACUGUAACUGUUACAAUCAGCUUCAAUGUGACGUGCAGAAGACUCACUGUAACUGUUACAAUCGGCUUCAAUGUGACGUGCAGAAGACUCACUGUAACUGUUACAAUCAGCUUCAAUGUGACGUGCAGAAGACUCACUGUAACUGUUACAAUCGGCUUCAAUGUGACGUGCAGAAGACUCACUGUAACUGUUACAAUCGGCUUCAAUGUGACAUGCAGAAGACUCACUGUAACUGUUACAAUCGGCUUCAAUGUGACAUGCAGAAGACUCACUGUAACUGUUACAAUCAGCUUCACUGUGACGUGCAGAAGACUUACUGUAACUGUUACAAUCGGCUUCAAUGUGACAUGCAGAAGACUCACUGUAACUGUUACAAUCAGCUUCAAUGUGACGUGCAGAAGACUCACUGUAACUGUUACAAUCGGCUUCAAUGUGACAUGCAGAAGACUCACUGUAACUGUUACAAUCAGCUUCACUGUGACGUGCAGAAGACUUACUGUAACUGUUACAAUCGGCUUCAAUGUGACGUGCAGAAGACUCACUGUAACUGUUACAAUCAGCUUCAAUGUGACGUGCAGAAGACUCACUGUAACUGUUACAAUCGGCUUCAAUGUGACAUGCAGAAGACUCACUGUAACUGUUACAAUCAGCUUCACUGUGACGUGCAGAAGACUUACUGUAACUUACAAUCAGCUUCAAUGUGAAGUACAGUUGUGGAACAUGCCAAAUAUUUUGGUGUAUAACAGUAUAUUGAGCUUUGUGUCAAUGCGUUUUUUUCAGUUUGACAGAUUGUUCUGGGUGCUUAGUCACAAAUUAUAAACAUUUGUAAAUUCUGGUGCUAAUAUUAUUUUUACUGUCUUGACCAAAGGCAUGCAGCUCAUAAGGAUUUGUAUCAGCUGAAAUAUUUUGCUGGCCAUACAUACGUAAGUCACAGAUCUUAGCUGAAUCACUCCCAAGAAUCCUGUGUCUGAAACGAACAAAAUUAGAUUGUUUAUAAUGUUAAAUAAAUACCUUUUUUAUAUUUAA